AUGUCUGAGGGCGGCGAGGCCCGGGGUUUCAGUUCAGACGGGCUUUCGUCUCGCAUGACGGUGCGGGAGACAGAGACGCCACUGGUCAGCAUCCACUUCCCCAUUCCAGUCACGGAGUUGUCAAAAAUGCUGGGGGACCGCCUGGAGCCGGAUAUCUAUGAUGGCAGGGCCUUCAUCCAGGUCUCCAUGUUCUACAUCUCGACACUUGAGAUGCACACCUUCGUCGGGUUUGUGCCGAGCCUGAUGAUGAGCUGGUGCAUGCGUAUCUCCGCGUAUGUGAAGGACAAGGAUUCCGGGGAGAAGGGCUACGUGAUCCUCUCGGCAGACUUCGAGAGCUCCUUCUUCGGCAAGAUCAUGACCAGUGGCUGCAAGAGAUCUCAGCUGGGAACCAUGUGUGGCACUGUGGCGGUGAGCCAGACACACAAAAAUUACGGCACCCUGUUCUCUGUGAAGCAGGACGGGAAUGAGAUCCUUCACCUCGCUGCCCAGCUGGGCAACGUUUCCAACACUCCCUUCUUCAACUGGGCCAACGAGCGCUACGUGCGCUUCCAACUCAGCCCAGACAAGAAGACCCUGAAGCGCGGCACCCAGCCUAGCAAUACCAAGACCUGGGAGGGCAACUAUCAAGUGACGCUCGCGAAGGGUGCUAUCGACCCGAUCUGGUCCAAAGUCUUCCAGACCAAGUUUGCCGGCUACGGUUGGGGCUACCUCGACGACCCCUUGCCUGAACCCUGUAGCCACGGCUGGUGCUUCUUCUCUUCAAAGGCGGCUUUCGUCGAUAACGAGGCCACAGUCCUAGCCGUGAAUGACACAGGGGCUUGA